CACCCUGUACAUGUGAUAAAAAUUUCACCUCUCUAUGUCAACAAAAAGUAAGAAAAAUAUGAUUAACAAUUUAUUAUAGGAUGCUGUUUAUGUGUGUGGAGUGUUCCUAAAAAAUGAUUUGGUUCUCCACCUCUUAUAUGUCCAGAAAGGUUUUAAUUGUUGUCUCAGACCGUUUUCGACUAUGGUACAUCUCACUAGACUAUUCAAAGCGAAAAAAAAUUUUUUUCCACAAAAGUGGUAGAAAUCCCUUGGAUUCAUCCGAUUAUAUUUGACUUGAAUGAAGCAUGUCGGAUGUAUACAACUGUGAACGCAUUCAUCAAGAUAGUAAUAAAAAUUUCAUAAGAUAAUAGUCGAUGGAUCAAUCAUCCUAUUUUAAUCUGAAAUCGUAUAGAAUCUAUGUUAAGUUAUAUAUUUUUAUUCUAGUUUAUCAAAGAAGCAUGAGCAACUUGGAAAAGCAAUAAAUUUUUAUUGCUUUCCCUUGCAUUGCUGGUGCGUCGCCCAAGGUCUACAAAGAAGGCACAAAAAAUUUGUGGUCGCAAUAAAUUUUUAUUGCGUCCCCACAUUUUUUUAGGGGACGCAAUUGCAGCCCCUUGCAGUGCUGGCGCGCCGCCCAUGGUAUUGCUUGACUGAUAUAUAAUAAAUACUUUUUGAUAUGUAUAUAGCAAGAAAAAUUAAUAGUCUAUUAUCUUUUAUAAAUAUUAGAGUUGUAAAACUAAUAAGAAAAUAAUUUAAAUAAAACCAAACAAAAUUUGUUUGAUCUUUCUUUAGGAUAUUUUCAUUUCAGUAUAUCAUGGAUUUUAUUAGCUGUAUUUAUAUAUAUAUUUCGAAAACAUCAAUGUACUCAAUCUCUACUACGACAUAAAAAGUUAAAUGAAAUAAAUAAAAAUGAAGAACAAUAUAUUAAAGCAUGUUUCGAUGAAUUACCAUCAUGGGUAUUUUUUCCUGACAUAGAACGAGCAGAAUGGAUAAAUCGAAUAAUAAAACAAGCAUGGCCAUACGCAAAUCAAUAUCUUGAUCAAGCUGUUUUUCGUGAUGUACUUGUUCCAUUAGUUCGUGGAACAUCAUCAACUUUAGCAGAUUUUUCAUUUCAAAAACUU